AUGUCUCUACCAACGACCAGAAGAAUAGUGACGGGCCAUGACAACAACGGCAAGGCAAUCAUAACGUCCGAUGCUGUGCUGACUCCUGCAAACCCUCUCGACCCCGAGGGCAAUCCGCCCACAGGAAUCAUCCCCGGGUUCACCAACCUUUACAAAACUGAUGGCAUCCCGGCGAAAGCGCAGACGCCAUUUGUCGACGUUCACGGCAAGAAGAUUGGCCUGGUCGACCAAUCCGGAGUCUACUGCCGCAUAGUGGAGUUCCCCGCCACAGGCGACGCACCGGACAGUGUCAACAUCAUGCACCGUACUCAGAGUGUGGACUUUGGCGUUGUCCUGAAAGGGAGCAUCAAGCUCAUUCUGGAGGAUGGAGUCGAGACAAAUAUGAAUGAAGGAGAUGUGUGUGUGCAGAGGGCAACCAUCCAUGUAAGCUUCCACGUCACUUUGGCUACGACUAUCCCACCAAGAGUGCAAAAGUUGCCAGCUCGUUAA